UUUUUUUUUUUUUUUUUUUGCAAAAUCUUUUUUUCUUUUUGCGUCUCCUCAUUAUUGUACCGUACAUCCCUUUUCCUUUCUGUUGUUUAUCUUUAUUGUUCAAUUCAUUUUUCAUUACUUUUCUUCUUUUUGGUUUCUAUUGGUUGCAUCUUUUCUUCUAUUUUUUUAACACGCUUAUAGAUUAUACCGUACAAUACAUAUUACAUUAUUACAUACAUUUCAUAUAACGAAUUAGUUUUUAUAUGCCCUAUUCACGCCUUUCUCACCUAGACAACUGUCUCCAAGCCGACGAAAUUAUCGACUUGGACGCAUUCGAACAAGAUGAACGUUGUACACCUACUCCCGCCAUGGAUCGCCAACCUCAUAACUAUCGCAUUUCGUUUCGCAGCAUUGACGACGACGAACUUCUCCGAUUAACACGUACCUUGAUCACGCCCAUGCCACCAUCCGUCACGGAGGAAGAUCCCAGUGGUUUUCACUACGCUUCACGGCAACGUCAAAGAAGAUACUCUCCUGAGACCGUUUCAUCAACUGCAAAAGACAGAAGCGAAAGCGUCAUGUUAUUCAAGAAAAUUAAUGAUGGCGAUGAAGAAACCGUGAUCGACCUUGUCUCCAGCGAUUUGCAUGAUUUUAUUGAUCCCGCUGUCUUCAAUGCUGCCUUGUCACGUCCUUCUAGCAGAGUCCCCACCCGUCAUGAUAUUCAUCGUCGAUCACCUCUACGACAUCCAAAAAGGGACAUUCUUCAACCCAUCCCUAUUCUUCAGUUACCGUCCGAUAAGAAGAGAACAGAUCAGCUUACCGCAUCAUUGACCGAAUCAUCUUCGUCCGCAGAUGCUACUGCACCCCGCCCCACACCGUCUUUCAGUGGACGUAAAUUUUCAUUAGAUGCAUCCCUUUCUUCUGCGGCUGCUGCAGACAAUAUGACUCUCCGCAGGAGCUCCGUGGCCGAUCCCACCUCCAUUGCAGCUCAAAACCAGUCCGUCCAAAAAACACGUCAACUACUUGACAUUGUCGAAGCCUCCUACCAAUCUGGAACAACCACUCACCGCCACCACCACAAUACCACCACCACCUCUCCUUCCGCCACGCUUCUUCGUAGACAACGCUCCUAUACCACCAAUGAAAAACCGCGUUCCACCACCACUUCCCGUCCCUCUCCUUUACCCGCAUCCUCCCCGGUCGCUAAGGCUGCUAAACGGCAAAGUCUUGAUGUGGACGCACUGAUAUCCUUACGACGAGAUAGCGAUGCCCUUUUAGAGCGCCGCUACUCCCUCCUCAAAGUCCGAACAAAUCGCUUACUGAACUCCCAUCGUGAUCAUGCUGCUGGUUCGCCACCUGCCGAUGAUCCGUUGUGUUCAUCCUCCUCUUCUUCCUCUUGCUCCCCAAAACCGUUCCAUACAGACCAUACUGUUGCGCCCAUGCCCAACACAAAUCGUGAAUCCAACGCAUCCUACAGCCUCCGUGAGCGUAUACGGUAUUCCAUGGCUCAGCAGGAUGAACCUUUCCGUUUACGGGAUCGAACCCACUCGAUGCCCGAACAUCAACGUCAGGACACCGAGACACUGUCAGCUGCGGAAUCGACGGCGCGAAGGAUGCGAGCGGUGUCAAUGCCUUACCGUGAUGAUGGUUCGCGAGGUCAACGAGGAGUAACAACAGAUCGUCGAAGUUCCGCCCUUUUGUAUGACACUCUCACCCAAGCAAAAACCCCAAAUCCCAUUGGAUCGCCAAGAGGUCGACUACCACCACGUCAUGAUAGCCAUCGCUCGUUAGCUUCUUAUGCAAGUGAUAAAUCCUCUGCACAGGACGAUGCUCUAUCGUCCAGUUUAUCACCCCGAUUGUUGGCAAAAAAGCUCGUUCCGCUUGAAGAGACAAAGUAUUGUACAACGGUCACGGGCCGGUUUCCUUUGGCCAGAGAAAAUUCAAAGGAAAGACAUCUUAGUCGACCUACCCUCUCGCAUCAAUCGUCCCACACUUCCUCCUCCGCGUCUACGACGCUUUCGUUCCUUUCCGACAACUCGAGCGUGGAGUCAGCUCCUUCUUUUCCCAGUAGCGAUGAUCCGCUUCACUCUCCACCUCACACCUCCACUGCCUUUGACACAUUUCCUCUGCCAACCUCCACCAAGCUCAAAUAUUGGCGACCAUUUGAUUCCAAAAAUGAGCCGACGACUCAACGAGAUUCGCAUCUGGAGCAUUCACGAGCAAGAACCAUGGGGUAUGAUCCUGCUGCACAUGAAGAAUCUCCUCGAUCGUCGAUGCGGGAUUCACGAAGACGAGACGAUAUGCAUCGAUCGGCCGUCAUCGAUAGGGAGAACCAUCUCGAGGCUGCAUACUACUACAAAUCCCGCAUGCGGUCCAUGACCGUGGACCAGCAUUCCAAGCUUAAUCCGCAUUUGCGUGUCAGUGAUGAUAAUGAUGACGAUAAAGACAGGAGUGCCCCCUCGGUUCCCACCACGCAGUCAGUCACAAAAUCGGCCAAACAAGUGCUAGCCACCAUUCGUCAGCGUCGACGAAGCGCUCUUAUACAGUCCGAAGUCCCGGUCACUUCCACCGCGAAUCGAGUUACCGAUACCACGUUGAUCAAAACGCGACGCAAGACACUCAGUGGCGAAGAACUUCGACCCUCCACGCUUGUUCAGAGCAUGGGCCAUACUACAACAAAACCGACUUCUGUUCGCUAUUCCUCCCUUCGUCAUGAACCAGCAGAGCACCGUUACUACGACCCAGCCAAACGGGUGAAUCGAACUCUCUCUUCUUCUGUGCAGUCCCUCAAAGAUGAGUCGCCCCAGCGAAAAAACCAUACAUAUACCAUCCCGCAAUCCAGCCUUAAUCGAUACUCGUCACGUCUACCCUCGGAUAAAUCGCGAAUCGCUUUUAAUGUUCCAUCCAAACUCCCUCAGAGGUCGUCCAUGUUCCUUCCCCCUGUUUCUCAUCGCCAUCCUGCAUCGUAAACUCCUAUCUCAUCCAGCUAUAACCCCUUAUUUUUCGCUUUUUCAUCAUGUAUUAUAUCUUCUUUGAUUUAUUGUCAAGUAAAUAGCUUUCUAUUGUUAUGGUCGCGUUUUUUGAAGGUUCACUUUAAAUUCCGUAAAUCAGUCUAAUUUUUCAUCCACACCAUCAUCGUCCGUCCUUGUUAGAUUGCAAAUACAGAGCCAUGCGUUAGGAAUGAUAAUAAUGUGCGCGCCGUGUCAAGAACGAAAAAAAAUGGAUCGAGUGUCAUAAACGGACGCGCAUUAUUGACACAGAUAAGCAAGGCCAGUGCGCUCAUAUA